AUGGCUAACAAGAGAAAAACAAAACGACUUAGCACACGUGCCGUGACAAGACGUGUUCGUCAAAAUAUACGAUCAAUACCAGCAUCAACAUUAGAAAUAACAACAUCAAAUCCAUCCACAUCUUCAAAACGUUCAUCUUUACCAUCACAACAGAAGAUUACGAAAAGAACGAAAUUGGAUAUAACAUCAACAUCAGCAAAUUCAAAUUCAAAUUUGCCUAUGGAUGGAUACACGAUCUUGCAAAAUCAAUUAUUAUUUACUCUUAUGUGCAAGACGAAUUGUGAAAGUUGCGGAAAUCGUUGGAAUGGAACAAUUAACAUCAAGAAACGCGAAGGCUUAUUUGUGAUCUUAUCUUUUCAAUGUUCAUCAUGUACAAAUACCAUCACUAUUGAAACAAGUCCGAAGGUUGUUGCAUCAGAUCGUCGAGAUAUUAAUGUUCGAUCACAAAUUGGUGGCCAUUUGUGUGGUAUUAGAUAUGCUGGAUUAGCUAAAUUAAUGGGUGCUAUGAAUUUACCAAGUCCAAUCCAAGAUGAAAGAUAUUCCAAAUGGGAUAAAAAUUUAUUACUUUCAAUAAAAUCAUUUUCAGAUCGAUCAAUGAAAAAAGCUGUUGGAGAAGCUGUAACUGCUGCAAAUGGUAAAGAAUUAAUGGUUAGUGGAGAUGGGUUUUGGCAGACUCGAGGUUUUCAAAGUAGACAUGGUGCAGCAGCUCUUCUUUCUUGUAACACAGCACCAAAAGUACUUGAUAUUGAAACAUGCAGUAAAACAUGUAAUGUUUGCUUUGGUGCACUUGCUAUCAAGAACUCUAAUCCAGCUAAAUACAAUGAUAUUAUUAGAUCACAUCACUGUGAAAAAAACUACAACAACAGUUCUGGUACAAUAGAAGCUCAUGCUGUUCUUAACAUGUUCCAACGAUCAGUUUCCAAAUAUCAAAUUUAUUACACAAAGUAUGUUGGUGAUGGUGAUUCAAAAACAUUUGCUGCUCUUUCUGACAAACCACCAUAUCCAGGAAAAGUGAUCAAGAAAAUCGAAGACUUGAAUCAUUUUAGCAAAAGAAUGAAACAUCAACUGGAAACAAAAAAACGUCAAUAUGGAAAAGAACAAUUAUCUGAUGGUUAA